UCACCUGCCUGCAUCAGAACCAUGUGUGACCAGCAGCAGAUUCAGUGUUGCAUGCCACUCCCCCAGUGCUGUGUGAAGGGCUCCUCCUUCUAUCCCUCCCAGAAUCCCAGUGCCAGGAGCCAGGUUGUGGUCCAAGCACCUUGUGAGAUGCAAAUUGUGGAGUGCCCCGCACCAUGCCCAGUUCAAGUUUCCCAGGUAAAAUGCCAGGCUCCAUGCCAGUCCCAGACCACACAGGUGAAGUGUCAGGCUCCAUGCCAGUCUAAGACCACCCAAGUGAAGGGCCAGGCUUCAAGCCAGUCCCAGACCACCCAAGCGAAGAGCCAGGCUUCAAGCCAGUCUCAAAUUUCCUGUGUUCAAUGCCAGGCUCCAUGCCAGCCUCAGGUUUCCUAUGUGCAGUGUGAAGCCCCAUGCCCUUUUCAGACCUGCUAUAUGGAAUGUGCUCCAGUUUAUUAUACAGAAACUUGUUAUGUGGAAUACCCAGUCCAGACCUACAUACCCUGUCCAGCUUCUCAGCCUGUCCAGACUUACAUGGCUUCUCCCCCAGUUUCCCAGACUCAGGGAAGAUUCUCCACUCAGUGCCAGUAUCAGGGCUCCUCCAGCAGAUGCUCCCCGCAGCGUCAGUCCCAGGCUUCCUACAGCACCUGUGCCCCGCAGUUCCGAUCUGGGGCUUACUACGGCGACUGCGCCCCCCAGCGCCAGUCCCGGGCAGCAUUUAGCACUUGCGCACCCCAGUGCCAGGCCACUGGCUCUUACCGGAGCUUCACCGCACAGCGUCGCUCGCGGAGCUCCAGCAGAUGCCUCCCUGCUCGCCAGCUGCAGCCUUCCUACCGCAGCUGCUCCCCACCACGACGGUCUGAGCCCUACUACAGCGGCUGCCUGUCAUCAGCGUGCUCUUCAGGCUCCUAUAACUACUGCACCCCUCCGCGCCGCUCGGAGCCCAUCUAUAGCAGUGGCUGUCCUCGGGCUCGCACUUCAGGCUGCUCUCAGAGAUGUGGUCCCAAGUGCCGGAUAGAGAUUUCUUCCCCCUGCUGCCCCAAGCAGGUCCCCCCGCAAAAGUGUCCUGUUCAGAUUCCUCCCAUCAGACGCUGCUCUGAGAGUUGUGUCCCACGACCCUCCUGGGGUGCCUCCUGCCCGGAGCUGAGGCCACGUGCAAAGUCACGUCCACUCCCAAGCUUCUGUCCACCGCGGCGUCGGGACCAAAGUCCAGAGCCCCCGAUGCAUCGAUGCCCACCCCCUGCCCCCUGUCCAUGCCCACGUCCUGCUCCGCGGCUGUAUCCUCGCCCAGAGCCAAGCUCGAGGUCAGGGCCUCGUCCGUGUCCUCCACCGCGGCGACUCUCUGAACCCUGUCUGUGUCCAGAGCCACGUCCAGCCCCACGUCCUCUCCCAGCGCAGCGUGAAUUUCCCGAAUGGCGUCCGUGUCUACAGCCCUAUGAGCACCCAGAACCUCAUUCACUCCCGGAGCCAAUUCCCCUUCCAGCGCCGUGCCCGAGCCCGGAGCCCUGUGUGGAGCCCCCGUGCGAUCCCAGCCCGUGCUCAGGCCCCAAUCCAAUCCCAUGUCCGGGGGACCUGGGCUGUCAUGAGUGCAGCCCAUGCCGCCUGGACACCGAGGCUCCAAGCUGCGACCCAGCUGCUUAUAACCAGUGGCAAGGAAGUGGUGACAGCUGUGGACCCUGUGAUACGAUUCCAGAGCCACAGGGUGUCAGUGAUUGUGGAGACCAAGGAGGCCCCUAUGUUGGAGUAAAAGGAGGUCCUUCUGCUGGAACAAAGGGUGCUUUUUUUUAA